AUGAAUGAGGAUCAGGUGAAUGACAUAAUCAAGAGAUGGAGAGCUACUCCAGAACAAGAUUUAAAGCCAGAAGACUACCAACAGUUCAAGGAUCUGGGAUCUGCCUGCCUCACCCAGGGAGAUGGCCAACAACUCCUGAAGUUUAUUCAAGAUCGGAAAAACCAGAACGUUGUCAAGUCAAUGGGUUGUGUUCUCUUGGCACCUUUGCUAAAUGAGAUAGUUAAAAAAGAUAAGAGUGUCGAUCACUGUGAAGUUGCCAUCACACAUUUGACCAAGACUUGCAGGCCGGAUGAACUCCUGCAUUGCUUGCUUGGCCAAAUUGAAGACAUGAAUCCGGCUGCCAUUUCUGAGACCAUCAUAGCCAUCAUUCCACAUCUUCUAACAGUUUUGCAGCGGUUGGAUGAGAGAAAAGCGGCCUCUGUGGGUCUGGCUCUAUCAGCCCUGCAGAAGCAGCUGUCUCUGCUGCCUGUGCCUUACACCCGGCAGCAGGAGGAAGCUGAUGAGUACGGUCUGUGUCGCUGCUGUACCGCCUUAGCCCAGCUUACAAAACCCUUCAUAGAGGAGGUGAAGAGGAAAGACGGGAACUGUGCCGCUGAGGAUGAGGAGCUAAAGACUGAGCUUCUCAAAUUCUGCAUGAGGAGCUUGAGACAACCUCUGCUUGAGGCUGAACUCAGGCGAGACAGAAAAUCUUCGCUGUGGCUCUUUGCGACAGAGAUAAUGUUCACACUGCCUGCAAUCCAAGAGUCUCUGUCAGAGCUCCUGUUCUUCACCUCACUGAAAAGAAAAACCCUGAUGGACAACAAUCAGUACAGGGAGUCACAAGCAUGUCUGGCCUAUCUGCUGUUUGUCCAGCUCAUCGCCAUCGACAGAUUCCCGGCAGUAUUCAGCCCUGUGUUUGUCCUUCAGUGCAACAUGGAAUACAUCAACCAGCUGCUCAGUAGCAAAAGGGAAUCACACUUACUCAAAGGACUGGCACUGUAUAGAAAAAGCUUGGAGAGUGUGCAGGACAACGGCCUUCCAGUGAGCCUACUGGAACUGAAGAGCUUCUACAGUGUACCACAGAACCUGCGGCUUCUUCUUACCGACUGCCCAAUGAAACAUUUGAGAGAAUCGGGACUACAGGUUUUCCAACUCUUCAUCGAUAAAUUAGAUGCUGAAGCAAAGCACAAGUUCUUCAGGUGCAUGUUAAAAACCAGCAACCACUCAGGAGUAGAAGGUUUUAUCAUAAAGAACAUCAGGAAACAAGUAGAGUUUUCCAUGAAGCCUGGUAAUGCCAAUGGUUGGUUCCUGGGAGUGGAGUUCCUCUCAUUGCUGGGGCUGGGGUUAUGUUUGCCACAGGGUGCUGAGACUAAUCUGCUUCACACCAUGGACAGGGUAAUGGAGUGUCUGAAUCUUCUACGCUACCUCGUUAUCAGAGACAAAGAACUGAGGAGAAAUGCAGAUGUGUGGGAAGAGCUGUGCAGGAUCAAAGACAAAUAUCUCAAAAUGCUGCGUGUGUGUAUCAGCAUGUCGAGAGCAUAUUACUUAACUGAGCUCAAGGCGCUGAAAGAGGAUCAAAAGCUAAAAGCAAAAGAGGCCCGUGCGUCUGCUAGAUCCACAAAAUUGCUCAAAAGCAUAACAGUGAAACAUGAGAGGGUAUCUGAUCUGUCUCCAGAGGUCCAGCACCAGGUGUUGCAGAGUGCUUUGGUGACAUUCGACCUGAUGGAGAGUCUUAUUGUCCGCAUAGAAGAGAUCACAGGAGAAUAG